AUUGACACUACAAAUAGGGGCAGGAGAUGGCAAAAUAGCUCAGAGUUGAGACACCUGUCCCACAGCAAACGAUACAGUUGAAGAGCCCCAAGAAGACAAAGGUUAAACCUCACCAUGGAGUCGCUCAUGUUUGCAUUUGUAGCCCUACUUCUGGCCAGCCAAGUCUGGUCUGAUGAAGUUCCCUACGAGCAUAUGAUCUCUCAGCUCCAGGCAUGUCCUAAAGAGUGUCGCUGCCCUCCAAGCUUCCCUAACGCUGUCUACUGUGACAACAAGGGUCUGAAACGCAUUCCUGCCAUCCCUCCCUAUACCUGGUACCUGUACCUCCAGAACAAUCUCAUCGAUGGCCUCUCAACCGAUGCUCUGCGCAAUGCCACACAGCUAAGGUGGAUCAAUCUCAACCGCAACAAAAUCACAAGUGAAGGCUUGGAGGUUGAUGCUCUGAAGGCUAUGUCUAACCUUGUACACCUCUACAUGGAAGACAACUUGCUGACUUCCAUUCCAUCUCCUCUGCCUGUCAAAUUAGAGCAGUUACGGCUGUCCCGAAACAGAAUCUCAAAGAUCCCAGCCGGUGUCUUCUCUGGGAUGGACCAUCUAACCUUGCUGGAUCUGCAAAGCAACAAGCUUCAGGAUGAUGCAGUGACUGAGGUCAGUCUGAAAGGCCUCAACAACUUGAUCCAGAUUAAUUUAGCAAAGAAUCAUCUCAACAGCAUGCCCCUCGGCCUACCACCCACAACUACACAGAUCUUUUUGGAUGGCAACAACAUUGAGAGGAUUCCAGUUGAGUACUUCAAGGGUCUUCCGAAAGUGGCGUCUCUCAGGCUCAACCGCAAUAAGCUGGCUAAUGGAGGUAUCCCAAAAAACGUGUUUAACUUUUCCAGCAUCCUGGAUCUACAGCUUUCUCACAACCAGCUCACAGAAGUACCCGUUAUCUCUUCUGGCCUGGAGCACCUGCAUCUGGAUCACAAUAAGAUCAAGAGCGUGAAUAGCUCUGACAUCUGUCCACCUGAUGCACACGAUGAUUACCUUGGGGACAACAGCCCACGUCUCCGUUACCUUCGCCUUGAUGGUAAUGAGAUCAAACCCCCCAUUCCACGAGAGCUGAUGAUGUGUUUCCGUCUCCUCAGGGCUAUUGUCAUAUGAAGGUGCAAGACCAUCUAGAUACUCCUGUCCAUUUCAUCUACCAGAAAUGAAAAUGCAUGUAAACUAAAACACUUGAAAAUGGUCCAAUAAAGGACUAUCUUUUGGGAAAGUCGGUAAAAUAUUGAAAACUGCACACUGCUGAAAAGCCAGAAUUGGAAUGAAUUUCCAUGCUGGUCCAGAUUGACUUAUGCUUGUUUGUACUGAACUAGUGCUGGUCUUGCUAGUGGGUAAGUGAAACUAAGCUGAUAAAACUGUUUUACUAGCAUGAUCUUUCUGAUGGAGCUUUUGGCCAAGAAAGCACAUCUAGUUAAGCUGGUUAAAAAGCUGAGUGAGGAUACCAGUAUCCAAAAUAUGAGAUAUUCUGGGGGUCUGCUGUUAUGAUCUUUUCAGCAGGGUUGAUAUCCAUCACUCUUAGAAGAAAUGGUUCUAUUUAGAACCAGAAAUGGUUCCAUCCCCCGCUUCAUAUAUGGAACUCCAA